AUGCCUUUAUCAUCAUCAGUAUUCUUAACAGGCCCACCCCGUAUAGGAAAAUCUACGUUAGUCUCAAAAGUAAUUUCAUAUUUUCGAACAAAUAAUCCGGAAAUUUCUUUACGUGGAUUUUAUACUGAACAAGUAACAACCACAUUAUCAUCAUCAAAAUAUGAAAAAAGAAUUGGAUUUGAUAUCAUAACUUUGGAUGGAAAUCUGGGAGAUUAUUACGUAAAUGUGGAAGAAUUUGAGAAAUUAGUUAUUCCUAGUAUUCUUCAUCAAAACGAUGAAUUUAAUGAUAAUGAUAGUAAUAAAAAUGAGAUUAAGAAGAAAACUUUAAUUAUAAUAGAUGAAAUUGGAAAGAUGGAAAGUUUUUCUAAAGAUUUUGAAGAUAUUGUUAGAAAUAUGAUAUUUAAUCAAAAAAUAAAUAAUCAUAAUAAUCACAAUAAUAAAAUAUGUAUAUUUGGUACAGUAGCAUUAAAAUUUAAAGGUGGAUUAGCUGAAGAAAUAAGAAAUGCUUCUUCACAUAAACCUUUUUCUUCAUCUAUUUUUACUGGUGCAGGUGGCAGUGGUGGUGGUGAUUAUAAUAUUAAAGUUUCGGAAAUUACUUUACAAAAUAGAGAUAAAAUGUUUCAAAUAAUAAUAAAUGAAUUGAAGAAAAUGUUGGAAAUUUGA